AUGAUUUCUGGUAUAUCCAGGCUUCUCGGCCUGUCAUUUUUGUUCUGUCUCGGCCUUCCAUUCGCUCUUUUCGCUCUGUUCACUACCACUCUGGCACUGGGCACUCUUCUCUUACGGGCAUUGUUCGUAUACUUCGACGUGCUUCUCGCCAUUCUGAACGGCGCAAUCAUUUCAUCAUCACCACCUACGCCACUCACAUCUCCGAGCGCCAGACCGGCACGACGCAAGAAGCACAACACACCGCCCACGCCUUCAGCAGCACUCCGCAAGACACCCUCGUUCGCAAGUCUGGUUGGCAGCGGGACAGACAGAGACUUUGAGGGCUUAGGAGGCUGGAGGUACCCUGAGAGCACAGAAGAGGAAGCCGUAUGGAUGAACAUGAAUCGACAUCUUGAAUUGCCUGCUUCGCCAGCGGCUACGAGGAAACACAGAAGGACAGGGACGGGCAAUGGCACACAGAGUCCAUUGAUCGCAAGGACAAUGGCGAGGAACUCGGGAAGUGCAAGUCCGGAGGGUUAUUUCAACAUCAGGGUGGAGAGCAGAGAAGGCAUGGGACUGAGUCUUAGAGGCGAUGGAUGA